AACAGGACCUUCCAAUGUUAUCACUGAUUUGAUAGUUUUUUAAUUUCGUGCUAUGGUCUUUAUGCUUGAAAUUUAUUAAAGAUGUCUUUAUCAAAUUAUGAAACGUGAAAUUUGACGUGGGAUAUCGUUAAAACUUGCUGAUUACGAUCAAUUGCGCAUAAAAAGACGGCUCGAAGAUAAACGCGUCGAUAAAAUACGGAGUCAUCUGAUUAUUGUUGUCAGUUGUUGUCGUCUGUUGUCGAAUCUGUUACGAUGAUUUCGUGUAAUUUUAACACGGAAUUACGCAUCGAUCGUGUGAAACUACAGGAUAGCUGAGAUUCUUCGCAUUAUAAUUUUUAAUAAUGUUCACGUAUUGAUCGAUCAUCGAAAUAAAGAAAGAUUCGGCAAAAUCAUGAAUACCAAACAGAGUCCAAGAAAAGUGACGCUGGCCAUGAUAAAAGGUAAACCUAUCACGACAUCUGUUCCUGUGAUCCAUUAUCAUGCCAGCGACGAUGAAUUGGAGGAGAUAUAUCCAAGUUCCGAGGAAGAGAAAAGGCUGACACCGGAGUGCGAAACGAAUGUAUCAAAAGUAACCUCAACCUCGUCGAAACGCAUCGAAAAGAGGUGUGUACACGAAUCGGAUGUUUCGGAAAAUAAUUCUGAGACUCGAUCUGUCGGUACAGAGAACGUAUUACCGGAGGGUACACAGCCCUCGUUAGAUCCAUGGAAAGUAUUAUCAGAUUUCAAAGGAAGGAUAACGAAAACGUUCGAGGAGAAACUGUCCGAGAUAAAGAGCGAUAAAAAGAAACGGCGCCACUCGAAAGCAGAAAGUUCGAGCGAUCUAGAGGAGACACAAGGUAGCGUUACUCCUUGCGAGAAAAAGCAAGAAGGUAAACAGGUAAACGAGGAGUCAUCUACGAUGAUGGGUCGUCACCAAAGAGGUAAUCCUGUUAGAUACGUAGGUUUCUCCGACGUAAAGACUGGUUUAAAGGACAAAAGUUUGCAAGACGAAUCGGUGGAGAGCGGCGUCGAAGCCUCGGAAUUUGCUCAAAGCGUAAACGAGGACAUAGUUUCCUGUCCGGAAAAUGAUUUUUCAACGGCAAAAGCAUCUUCCAACAGGGAGGACGACUAUGCUAAAUUACGGCAUCAGCCCUGUACGCGUUUCGCUGCGUCUCCAAAGCGAAUAGAUUUGAAAACAGUAUUUUUACGCUUGAUGAAACAGUUGAUCUUGCAAACGACGUACAAGUCUGUCGCCAUUUUCAUUGCCAUUUUUUCUAUUUAUCACGUAGCUCCUUUACCAGAAUAUUUACUUGGAUUUAUAAUGGGUAUCAUCGCGACGAUUACAUUUUGCAGUACGUUAACGGAGUUUCAACGAGUAUUGACAACAAUGCCAGACGAAAAGUUCGAUUCCCCUACGAUAAUACCUGUCCUAGAGAUACCAGCGGCGGAAGAGCAUUCUGUGAUCGAAAGAUUCCAAGGCUGGUUGAACGAAUUGCCCUAUAAUUACGAACCGAACAAUUAUCACGUGGCGCGUACAAAAUCGGUAUUUUUUAGAUUGGAAGGAAACAUAUUGCGUAUCAUGGAAACGAGGAUGAAGAUACCGAAGAAGGCUGUCUGGGACGAACCUAAACAGAAAUUGAAAUUCGUUAGAAGAAGGGUGUACAACUUGGCUGGGGCAAGGAUAGAACUGGUACCCUAUGGAUUAGCUAGAAAAAGAAGAUGGAGUAAAAAGUAUCCAAUUUGCAUAACUCUGAAGAAGGGCGCUCUGAUUUGUAACGUUACAUUGAAAAGUUCGAUCAACGAGGAGUAUUCGAUCAACGAUUAUUAUCGUAAGGGAGCAUCGAAAGGGCGGGUGAAAUACAAAGUUGAUAGGAAACGCGUGGGAAAUUGGGGAGAGGAAAGUUUAGUCGACGGAGAGGGUGAUGAAUCGACGAAAGGUAAAAGGAAGGACGAGGAGAAAGAUGUGGAAGAUGAAGGUGAAGAUUCUUAUUACAAUUGCGACACGAAUAACGAUGACAUUGACAAUGAUUACAUAGAAUACGAGGAAUGUUUUUUAAAGAACGAAGGAGUAACGGAGUACAUGGUAGAGGAGGAGAGAAAAAGAAAGGGUAGGUGUUACAAAAAGGGCCAGCAAAAAGAAUUCAACAGAAUACGGAGGAACUUACGUAAAAGAAGAAAGAAGGUUGAGAAAAGUUUCAGAAUGAAUUGGAAAGGGGAGGAGAAAGAGCUGGAUGAGAAGGAAGAGGAAAGCAAGAAAGAAAAGGAAAAAGGAAGAAAUCCAGAGGAGAGGUAUGAAAAGGAAGAUAAGAACGUGGAAAUGGAAAUGAUGGUAGGGAAUAAAUUGGAUAUAGAUGAGGAGGAAGAUGAGGAGGAGGAAGAAGAAGACGAAGAGGCUGAGGAGGUGGAUUAUGAUGAGUUCAUUUUGGACUACGAUGAAGUAGACGCGGAGAGAGAUUACUACGACGAUGACGAUGACUACGACGAUGAAUAUGACAACGAUGACGACGAUAACGACGAAGAUGACGCGGAUGAAGACGACGAUGAUGAUGAAGUAGACGAGGAGCUGCAACAGGUGAACGAGGAGGGAAAAGACUUUGACGAGGUAGACAAAGGAAACGGUAACGAAGCAAAGAUGACCGACGAUGACAAUGACUGCGGUAUCGAUGCGGAAAAAGGAGAGAGAAUAGAACUGAAAAGUACAUUUAAGAAAUUGAACAAGAAAUCCAAGCAGAGAAACGAAUUAAAAAUAUUUGUUUUCGCCAGGGCUGACCGUGAGAAGGAGGAUUGGUACAGGCGUCUAAUUUCAGCCGCGUCUCGACGCGUUAAGAAGCAAGAUUCGUUGUCCUUUAACGUGAACGCGUCGUCGGCGUCGAAUGCAUCGUUAACAGCUCAGAGGAACGUCAUCGCGGAAUCAAAGGGUUCCCUUUCCGCCAACAGCUCGCACGAGAAAUGCGUGCCUGAACUUAGUUACAAUGCUUACAUGGCUAAAUACCUGGACGCAAAUGGUUGCACGAGCAAGCUGGAGAACUCCAGCUCCGCCACUACCGACAAUACACUUUGGUUCAAUUGUUUAAUAGCUCGCGUGCUGUUCGAUAUACAUAGGUGUCCGGAAACUAUAAACGUUAUACAGGAUAAGAUACAACGGAAACUGUCUAGCAUAAAACUACCCUACUUUAUGGAGUGCCUUUUAGUUUCGGAGGUGACGAUAGGUCAAGGAGCGCCCACGAUACGUAACAUAACGAAACCGAUAAUCAACGAGAGAGGUCUUUGGCUGGAUUUUGAUAUAAUGUACAAAGGAUCUUUAACAAUGACCGUCGAAACGAAAUUGAACCUGAUGAAACUAACGAGAACCGGCUCGGUUCCAAGUAACAGUAACGUUAUUGUUCCUACAGAGAAAGACGAGUCGAUCGUUAGGUCAGCGAUUUUUGAUAGCGACUUAGAGGACACCCCGGAAACCUCAACAGAGGACGAGGAUGAUUCUACGACUCGAUUGUGCAACACAGCCAAAGAAACAACCGCUACACAAUCGUCUGGGAGAAAGUUUCUUAGCAUGGUUGACAAAAUAGCUGCUAAUAAAUACUUUCAACAUGCGACUGAAUUGUCUUACGUCCGAAGAGCCAUGGAGGGUGUCUCUAAUACGGAGAUCCGAUUGAUGGUUACCGUCUCUAGCAUAGAAGGUUCUCUGUCCGUGAACAUUCCGCCGGCACCGUCCGAUCGUUUAUGGUACGGUUUCAAACCGGUGCCGAAAGUAACCCUUACAGUAAAACCCGCGGUCGGUGAGAGAACGGUAAACAUCGUUUACGUAACCAAAUGGAUAGAAGCGAAGUUACUCAGGGAGUUUGAAAAGCUUGUCGUUUUACCGAACAUGGACGAUCUCGUUGUGCCGUUGUGUCCUAAUUAUCCUUAUACGACUACGCGGUAGUCGUUUCCUGGUUAAAGAGUUAAGGUAAGAACAUCGAACGUCCUGUUUAAAUCGUUACGAACGCAACGUAGGUACCGCCAGUGAAGAAUUAAUGAUAUUCGCCACGAGAUGUUCCUUUCGUUAUGUUCAGAUACACGGUGUAUCUACACCUAUCUCGAUAGCUUUUUAAAUAUUUUUAAAGUAUUUUUGAUCUUUGAUCAUUUUGGGACCAUGCGCCUCGUUGUCCGUUAGAACGUUUGCUGCGGGAUCGUUUAUCCUUUCUGCCUACGGUCGUUCUUGACGACUGACGGAUACAGAGAGACGUACGGGAUAAUUGUUGUGAAUCGAUCUAGUCGACGUUGGCCGUAAAAUUGCGCAUUUAUUCUAAUCGUCCUUGUUUCUUGGCGAAAAUUCUAUCGUGUAAUAAUAUAAUACCAUGUCAAAAAAGUUUGUUCCGAGUGUGCGAUUAAAAAUUACGUUUUUACGCUGUGAUUUUACGUCCAUGUAACCGCGUAUCUGUUGCAUAUUUUCAACGUGUAAUUAACGCUUGUAACGAACGUGUAAUGAAACUGAACUGAACGAUCAAGCGUACCAGUAAAAUUUAUUUAUGGAAUUCUUGUAUGCGAGUACGAAAUACUAUAUAAAAAGAAAAUCAUAUAA